AUGGCCGAAAACGGUACAAUCUCUGCGAUGUACAAGCCCACGCGUCCUUCGCUGGGCGACUGGAGCCGGUCCGAGUAUCUUUACAUCCAACUACAUAGCGAGCUGCUCUUUGCCGUUGCGUAUCUACCCGCCGCACCCUGCCCAUGCAUCGACGACGCCUCUCAGUAUAUCGGUUACUGCCAGUACUUCGCUAUUCCCGACGCCACAACCGAUGAUCCUCUGGAAGAGGCGGGAAGCGGCGUGGUAAAAGGCAUCAAAACCUUCAUCGACAAGCGAGACGAGCUAUCUGGAUGGGUGAUGUGGGCCCUUCGAGCAACGAAGAUGAAAGCUAUCGUCAACAGUGAUGACUCUGAAAUACGUAACGUCAAGGUAUCGCUAGCCAUGCUACAGGAAUAUCGCCAGAUACGGGAGCGGAUGGGCGUCGAUACAUACGUAGACAACCCAAAAUUCUGCCCAGCCCUUUGGUCGUUCCUUCAAGAUGCCGCUCGCAAUCAAUUUCCUCGGUUCAGCGGAAACACUACCCAGGCUGAACCCACACAAGAUGUCGAUACCAACGCUGACAUGGACAUGGACAUGGACUUUACCUCUAUCACCGGAUCUGUACCUGCCAACGACCUGGCGGACACAUCAGACCACGACUCAACAGACGAGAAUAAAAUACCUGACGCUGAAGACGACGUCAAUCCUGGAACGACCCGCCUAGGCCCGGAUGACUUUGCAAGAGAGACUGGAACAGUCAGGUGCACGCGAUACAUGCCGUCUAAUGGUCAGCGGUGCCGGCGACGUGCGGCGACAGAAAACGAAGACCGUCGGUCGUGGCUAUGUCACAACCAUGACCCGGUGGAGAAGAAGAAGAUAUUGGCUGAUCGUUUGGCGAGGAACAAGGCGGCAAAGACGGCAAAGGGAUUUAGGCCAGCGAAGCCCAAACAGCAGAAGAAGCAGAAAAAGGUAGGGAAGUGA